AUGGAGUGUGAGAAAUCGCCGGUAUCUAAGAAUAACACAUGGCAAAACAGGGAGAAAGACUCUUUGCCCGUUUAUCGCUGUCCCGUGAGCCUACAAGACUCCAAGAAGGGCGCAGAUCUCUCAGGGACCGCAGAGCCAGACAGUGACUGGGCAUCACCUGAAAAGAAAGUGGACCGUCUACAGGAAGGGAAUAGCCCCCAAAAGCCAACCCGAGGAAGGAGCUGCAAACCGAGGACAAACCCUGAUGAUGGAAGCAGUGGAAAGGAGAGACCCAGGGAAAGGCAGAGAGCAGAGCAGGGACUCCAGGAGAUCAGUGGGCAAGGGCAGAGAGCCACCUGGGCUUGGAUCCCAACGGGGAGAGACGAUUCCCUGACCCCGCUGGGUGAAGCGCGCUGCGCAGGCGAUCAGGCGGCGCCACGUGUAUCAAUUAAAAGCCCGGUGUUUCUCGGCUUACCCCCGUCCACCUGCCCAGUUGGCUCAAGGUCCUGGGUGCGCAAGAACAUGCUGCUGGCAACACCCCUGCUCCUAGCGACCUGGGUGCUCAGCGCUGUUGACUCUGACCCAGCCUGGAGACACCCCCGGUCGCUGGCGCUGAAGAGGGACCAGAACCAGGGCUCCCUGGAGGGGGAACCAUGCUGGCUAGGGACCAAGCUCCUGCGAGCCAGGGCCAUCCCGCAGCACCACCCCCAUGCGCUCUACCCGGGCAGAGGCGCGCAAAGCCCGGGCGCACAGCUCCGCGGAGACGGGGCGCGCAGCGUCGGCGCCCCAGAGUCUCUCAGCAGCACCGGGUCCACGGGCCGAGACGCCGCGGCGUGGAGCCCCGGGGGAGGCCCGGGGCUGGGGCGGCUCCGGGAGCGCAGGAGCGCGGAGCCCAGCAGCGUGGAGGACACGUGGGAAGAGCCUGAUGACUUGCACCAGCGCGCACGCCCCAGGGCUAGGCCCCGCCAGCUCUCCCGGCGGCGCAGCGGCUCGGGCUGGGGAGGGCCAAGCUCCCCCCCUCCAGGCGGCCUCUCUGCCCUCUACUUCUCCGGGAGCCGGGAGCAGCUGCUGGUGCGGCCCGAGGUCCUGCCCGAGGUCCCCAGGGGCGAGUUCACCAUCGAGGUCUGGGUGAAGCCGGAGGGAGGACAAAGCAACCCGGCCAUCAUAGCAGGUGUGUUUGACAAUUGCUCCCACACGGCCAGCGACAAGGGCUGGGCGCUGGGCAUUCGCACGCUGCAGCACCCAGGGAAGAAGGAUGCCCGCUUCUUCUUCUCGCUCAGGACAGACCGGAUGAGGAGAGCCACCGUGGUGUCUGGCUACCGCCGCUAUCAGCUCAACACCUGGAUUCACGUGGCCGCCACGUACGACGGGCAGCGGAUGACACUCUACCUGGACGGGGUGCGGGUCAGCAACAGCAACUGGCAGGCCGGUGCCCUGCAUAGUCCCUUCAUGGCCUCCUGCCGCAGCUUGAUUCUGGGAGGGGACGGCUCCGAGGACGGGCACAACUUCCGCGGGCACCUGGCGUCACUGGCGCUCUGGAGCAUGGCUCUGCCCCAGGCCAGGCUGCAGCGUGGCUUCUUACAGAAGAGCGAGAGUGGGGAGGCCUCCAUGGUGCUUGUGGCCGGCUUCACCCGCCUGGAGGAGCAGUGGGUGGCCUUCAAGGACGGGGGUUACCCGCCGCUCGAGUCCCUCCACUUGCCGGAGCCUGAGCUGCUGUCUCCACUGGUGCCCCCAGCCUGCGGGCAAACAGCCUGCGACAACGUGGAGCUGAUCUCCCGCUACAACGGGCACUGGCCGCUGCGCAGCGAGAAGGUGGUGCGGUAUCGGGUGGUCAACAUCCAUGACGACCAGGGGCUCCACCCCACUGUCAGCCGGGAGCAGGUGGCACGCCAGCACCAGGCCCUGAGCGAGGCCUUCGCCCGCUACAACAUCAGCUGGCAGCUGAGCCUGCACGAGGUGCACAACUCCUCCCUGCGCCACCGCACCAUCCUGGUCAACUGCGAGCCCAGCAAGAUUGGCAACGACCACUGCGACCCGGAGUGCGAGCACCCGCUGACUGGCUACGACGGGGGUGACUGCCGCCUGCAGGGGCGCUGCUACUCCUGGAAAAGACGGGAUGGCGUCUGCCACAUGGAGUGCAACAACAUGCUGGACGACUUCGACGAUGGGGACUGCUGCGACCCCGAGGUAGCUGACGUCCGGAGGACCUGUUUCGACCCAGACUCGCCCCAACGGGCGUACAUGAGCGUGAAGGAGCUGAAGGAGGCACUGCAGCUGAACAGCACACACUUCCUCAACGUCUACUUUGCCAGCUCGGUGCGGGAGGAGCUGGCUGGUGCCGCCACCUGGCCAUGGGAUAAAGAGGCCCUCAGCCAUCUGGGUGGCGUGGUCCUCAAUCCAGCCUAUUAUGGCAUGCCCGGCCAUACCAACACCAUGAUCCAUGAAGUAGGACAUAUCCUGGGACUCUACCAUGUCUUCAAGGGAGUGAGCGAAAGGGAAUCUUGUGAUGAUCCCUGCAGGGAGACUACACCUUCUAUGGAGACCGGAGACCUCUGUGCCGACACAGCCCCUACCCCCAAAAGUAAACUCUGCCGAGAUCCAGACCCUACCAAUGACACUUGUGGCCACACCCACUUCUCCGGCACGCCGUUCAACAACUACAUGAGCUACACAGACGAUGACUGCACGGACAGUUUUACCCCCAACCAAGUGGCUCGAAUGCAUUGCUAUUUGGAUCUGGUGUACCAGCGAUGGAGCCAGAGCAGAAAGCCCACUCCAAUCCCCAUGCCCCCGGUAGUCACUGGGCAGGGUCAAGACUCCCUCACCAUCCACUGGCUGCCUCCCAUUAGUGGCGUUCUCUAUGAAAGGGACCCCAGCACCCUCUGCGGGGACUGUGCUGAAGAUGGUACUUUCAGCCAAUACGUGCGUGAGGCCUCUUCCCCUCGAGUCUGUGACUCCUCUGGCUACUGGACCCCUGAGGAGGCAGUAGGCCCCCCAGAUGUGGAUCAGCCCUGUGAGCCCAGCCUGCAGGCCUGGAGCCCAGAGCUCCACCUGUACCACAUGAACAUGACUGUUCCUUGCCCCCAGCCGCAUGGUUGUAUCCUGGAGCUUCGUUUCCUGCACCCCGUGUACCCGGAGUCUCUUGUACUGUGGACCACCUACCUCUCCACAGACUUGCCCAAGGCCUUGUCUGACAUUGAAAUCCUGAUGGAGCAUGGGGAGUCCAUUCAUCUGGGCCCCCUGGACACUUUCUGCGACACCCCCCUCACUGUUAGGCUCAACGUCAACAGGAAGGUGUCUGGGGUAAAGGUCUACACCUUUGAUGAGCGGAUGGAGAUAGAUGCGGCUCUCUUAACCUCCAUGCCCCAGAGCCCCUUCUGCUCCAGCUGCAAGCCUGUGCGGUACAGGAUCCUGCGGGACCCCCCGUUUGCUAGCGGCUCCCCCAUAACGGGGUUGCACAUGCACCGAAAGUUCACCGACACGGAUGUCACACCGGGCCAAUUGUACCGGUACCAGGUGCAGGCCAUGGCUGGGGCAGCUGUGGGAGAACCCUCUCCACCUUUGAUCCAUACCCAGGGCACUCCCUAUUGUGGAGACGGAAAAGUGACCAUGAGCUUGGAAGAGGAGUGCGAUGAUGGAGACCUGUUAGAUGGAGAUGGCUGCUCUGGGAAGUGUAAAAGGGAAAAAGGCUUCAAUUGUGUUGGAGAGCCGAGCCUCUGUUAUGUUCACGAGGGGGAUGGAGUGUGUGAGCCCUUCGAGAGGAGAACCAGCAUCCAGGACUGUGGCCUCUACACUCCCAAAGGGUACAUGGAUCAGUGGGCAGCACAAGCCUACACCUCUCACCAGGACAAGAAGUCAUGUCCCGUUUCCAUGGUGACCGGAGAGCCUGUUGUGAAGGUGUGCAGAUCCCAUCUUAAAGAUAUGCCAGAACAUCAUUCCCUUGCUACUUGGCUCCCUUGCACCACCAGCCGCAAUGAUGCUCAGGUUGCCGAUGAGGAGAAAACGCCCGUGGAUGAUAGAGUUUGGCUCAAAAUUUGCUUCGACAGACCUGGACUGGCCACCUCAGUCUUUAUUUUCCUGGCCUCUGAUGGCAUUGCCCCGGGUGACCAGCACAAGCCGACUGUGACCGUCCAGCUUGGGGAUGAGAGGAGGCACAACCACUCGCUGGGGACACAUGAGCUGUCAUGUCAGCAGAACCCGUUGGUCAUCAAUGUGACCCACAGCCAGGAUUUCCUUUCCCACCGGAUCACCUCAGUGCUGCUCAAUUUCUCCUCCCCAUUAGUGGGCAUCUCAGCCGUGGCCUUGCGGACUUCCUCCCUCCUCAGCUCUUCCGCGCCGAACACCUGCCUCCUGGAACAUGAGGGACAUGGCCUCCAGAGACACAGUUGCAUCCGCCGGACCUGCGGGGAGCAGGGCAGCUGCAUUCCACUGCAGCUCGACCAUGCCUUGGUGAACUGCACGUCCGGUGACCUGGGGCACAUGGAAUGCACUGUUGCCUGUGAGAGGGGAUUUGUCCUCCAGUCCAGCAAUGGGAAGGGUCUGAGCCCCAGAGAGAAAGAGUUUCUGCUGACAUGCAACUCCGGGAGGUGGGACAGAUCCGUGACCUGCAACCCCGUGGACUGCGGAGUUCCUGACCAGUCACACGUGUACUAUGCUGAGUUCUCCUGCCCCACCGGGACCACGUUCCUGGAGCGCUGCUCCUUCGCCUGCAUCAAGCCAGCUAAGCUUCAAGGAUUGAGUCAAUGGCUGACCUGUCUGGAGGAUGGGCUCUGGUCACUCCCAGAAGCUUACUGCAAACUGGAAUGUGAUGCACCUCACGUGGUCGCCAAUGCCAAGCUGUUGGUACCCCGGUGCCUACAAGGGAACCAUGAUGUGGGUUCUGUCUGCCGCUAUAAGUGUAAACCUGGAUACCACGUGGCGGACAGCAUGGAGAGCAAACCCAAAAAAAAGUUAUUGAAGAUCCACUGCCUGGAAAGUGGAGUCUGGGAGGAAGGCAGCUGCGUCCCAGUGCUGUGUGAGCCGCCCCCUCCUGUCUUUGAGGGGAUGUACAACUGUACCCAUGGCUUUGAGCUGGACACCCAAUGCGUGCUCCGCUGCAACCCGCAGAGCAAAAGGGUUCCUAUCCUUUGUACUAAAGAAGGCUUAUGGACAGAGGAGUUUAAAUUGUGUGAGAACCUGCAAGGCAAUUGUCCUCCACCUCCAGAGCUGAAUUUAGUGGAGUACAAGUGUGAAGAAGGCUAUGGCAUCGGUGCAGUGUGCAUACCAUCCUGUAUAAUCCCUCCCAGCGACACAGUGAUGCUCCCCGAAAACAUGACUGCUGACACUAUGGACCACCGUCUGGAACCUACCAGAGUCCAGAACAUUGUGUGCACUGGUAGGUUGCGAUGGCACCCAGACCCUACAGUCAUUCACUGCAUCCAGUCAUGUGAGCCUUUCCAAGCAGACGGCUGGUGUGACACCAUCAAUAACCGGGCGUAUUGCCAGUACGAUGGAGGUGACUGCUGCUCCUCCACACUGUCCUCUAGGAAGGUGAUCCCAUUUGCUGCUGACUGUGAACAAGAUGAGUGCACCUGCCGGGACCCAGCAGCCGAAGAGAAUCAGUAAUGAUACCACGAGCGGCUUCUGUGGGCAAGGCGAGCAACAGAGGAAUAAAUGUGAAACAACUGGGGCCAGUGGGAGAGUAAAAGGCGGCUUGUGAGAGGAAAGAGGAGAGUUGGGAGGAGGAGAUGGGAAGGGGUCAGAAUCAAAAUAAGGACGAUUUCUGCAUGAAAUUGGGCACAGGCACCCAGCAUUCUGAGGCAUCGUGUGAAAGGAGGGAUGUGCAUGAUGAGGAGAGGUGGGGAAACAAGUGAGAAGACGGUGGAUUGAGAGCGGGAAGACAAAUCUGCUCAACACAUAGUUACACCUCCUACCCUUCUAUCACCCCCUUUCAGAACCAAAAGCGAGAUCCAGGAUCUGAGCCAAAGCCCAGUGAACUCAGCAAGGAGGAGUCUUUCCAUUGACUUCAGACAGCUUUGGAUCAGGCCCUAGAGCCAACAGAUGAGAAGCUGCCAUGGAUACUUUGUUACUGUAUCAAUGGUUUGCCACCUACGAGUGUCUGUGUUUGCUCUGAAUUUCCUCACUACUUACUUCCUCUACUGUAUAGGCUUCAUUUAGCAAGGUUGAGGCAGUUGUGA